GGAUUCUUAACCACUGCGCCCCCGGGGAAGUCCCUAUUCAUUCUUAUUAAAGCACAUUCAAUAAGACUCUGAGCCCCCAUCCUCCUGAACUGGUCAGUAACUGAACCUCAGUGUGUACGGAGCUUCCCCCGCCCCCACCCCCGCCUUCAAGCAUCACACAUCAAUUCUCAGGGUCACCUGCAGAGCACAGAGUGAGAGAAGCCACCCAGGCUCCUCCUUUGGUGAAUGCCCCUUGUCCAAAUGGGUUGGAUCCUCUGAAGUCCAGCCUGGAGCCCGGAUUCUUUGCCAAGGCUCGAAUCCCCUGUGUCUUGGGUUCACCCUCAGGGUAUGCCACCUGGCAACUUUCCCCAGAGGUCCCACCAUCUCCCCAAGGCACUUCCAGGCCAGAGCCCAGGUCCCCAACACUCAAGGACCCAUGACCUCUGGUCCCCUCCCUGUGUGGGGCCAUCUUUCCUCUCUCCUCGGCUUUCGAUCACAGAUGCUGGCUCUUCUCUCCCCACCCACCUGGGACACCAGCUUAACCUUCUUAGGUUUUUCACAAAGGACAGGAAGAAGGGCUGUUUUCCAACAGCUUCUGCUUUCCACCCCACCCCUGCGCAAAGUCUCUGAGCCGGGAGACACCAAGGGCACUCUGAAGGGAGACAGGCUGUCCUACCCUACAGAGGAGGAAAACCAAGGCUCAAAGGCAAUGGGUACUCGCUCAAGGUCACAUGGCCGACGGAGAGGAGCCAGCGUUGGGUCCUGCUCUGCGGGUUCCAAAGCUUGUGCUGUCAAUCACCGAAUCCUGUGGAAGACCCAAGUCCCCCUCACCAAUUAGUCAGGUGGCCCUGGCUGAGCCACAUCACUUUUCUCAACCUCAGUCUCUUCAACUCUAAAUAUGAAGCUAUGGUAGCAUUACCUACCUGUCUCAAAGGGGUGCUUGUUUAUUUUCUGAAGUUAACAUUUACUGAGCUUUCUAGCACCAUAUGCUGGAGCUCUGCUAGCCCUGAAGACUUACCUCUUUCAAUCCUCACAGCAGCCUGUGGGAGAGAUGCUGUCACUAACCACAUUUAAGAGGUGAGAAACUGAAGCUGACGCGGGCUUAAGACCUUGCUCAAGUUCACACAGCUGGUCACAUGCAAAGCCAAGACCCAAACCCAGUGUUGCCUCUGUCAGAGUUCAAUGAGUCCAUCUUUUAUGUGUCUCCGUGUAUCUGCCUGGAUCCUGGGGAAUCUGAUGGAGCCAAAAGCAGGAGAUGGGAGCCUGCUGAGGACCACGGGGGAGUGAGGUGCCUCAUGGACCUUCUCUAAGUUGUCACAUAAUACUUAUUGGACAGAUGAGGCCACCAAGGCUCAGACACAGCAGCAAAGGCUUCUUGGUAAGCCCGGCAGAAGCCGAGGGACCCAACCCAUGGAGAUAUGCUGGAAGAUACAGGCAGCCAAUGGCUCCACUGAUGGCUUGGAUUUCAACCCCAUGAAGGAUUACAUGAUCCUGAGCAGUUCCCAAAAGAUAGCUAUCGCGGUGCUGUGCACCUCUCUGGGCAUACUAAGCGCCCUGGAGAAUCUGGUGGUGCUCUACCUGAUCCUGUCCUCACACCGGCUCCGCAGGAAGCCCUCGUACCUGUUCAUUGGCAGCUUGGCUGGGGCUGACUUUCUGGCCAGUGUGGUCUUUGCCUUCAACUUUGUAAAUUUCCACGUCUUCCAUGGCGUUGAUUCCAAAGCUGUCUUCCUGCUGAAGAUUGGCAGCGUGACUAUGACCUUCACGGCCUCUGUAGGCAGCCUGCUGCUGACUGCCAUUGACCGCUACCUCUGUCUGCGCUACCCACCUACAUACAAAGCCCUACUCACCCGUGGGAGGGCACUGGUGACCCUGGGCAUCAUGUGGGUCCUCUCAGCAUUGGUUUCCUCUCUGCCUCUCAUGGGAUGGACUUGCUGUCCCAGGCCCUGCUCUGAGCUCUUCCCCCUGAUUCCCAAUGACUACCUGCUGAGCUGGCUCCUGUUCAUUGCUGUCCUCUUCUCUGGCGUCAUCUAUACCUACGCACGUGUCCUCUGGAAGGCCCGUCAGCACGCAGCCAGCUUGGCUGAGCACCGGGACAGGCAAGUGCUCGGAAUGACCCGGAUGAGGCUGGAUGUGUGGUUGGCCAAGACCUUGGGGGUGCUGCUGGCUGUGCUCUUCAUAUGCUGGGUCCCGGUACUGACCCUCAUGGUCUACAGCCUGGCCACCACUCUAAGCAAACAGGUCAAGAAGGUCUUUGCCUUCUGCUCCUUGCUCUGCCUUGUCAACUCCAUGGUCAACCCCAUCAUCUACGCCCUGCGGAGUGGGGAGAUCCGCUCCUCUGCCCACCACCGCUUGGCCCACUGGAAGAAGUGCCUGAGGGGCCUCGGGCCUGAAGGAAAAGAAGAGUUCCCGAGGUCCUCAGUCACUGAGACAGAGGCUGAUGUGAAAAUCACUCCAGGGCCAGAUUCCAGAGAGCUGUACUGCUCUGAUCACUAACGAGGUCACUUUCACAAUUUUAAAUAAGCCAAGUCAGAAAUCAUUUCAAUCCCUGGAGGAGAGUGUCUUUGAUCCUCUCAUCUUACUUGAACCAGCCCCAAAGGCCUGGACACUUACCCCUUUUCACUGAGUGUUGGCACUGACCCCUGGAGGGCAACCUGGCCACGCCUGUCUGCACACAGUCUGUUGGGUAGCCAGGCCCUGUGAGGGGCGGCAAGGUGGGCAGGAGGCAGGAGGCCUGGGACAGGCUCAUUGCAGGUCAGGACAACCCUCCCAACAAGACGGCUUAGUGCCUGCAUUCUCUAGAGACCACGGGAGCCAAGCGGAGCCUUCAGGCUCAGCAGUAAAGGGCCUGGAGGAAAUCUGGGAAGAAUGGAUCACUCUCCUGGGAUCUCAGGAUGGCUGGCUAGCCCUUCUUCCUGUUUAAUUGUUGGGUCCACCUUGGUUCUAGAGCUAUGAAAGGCCCUACCUGCAGGUCACCCUUUCCCACAGAGGACCAAGAACUGCAAUGCAAUGAGGACCUAGGAUGUUGAUCCACCUCUUGCAGAGAUAACUGACAAGCCUCCAGUUCAGGGCAUCUUAUCAUUAUGACACCGGCCCUCUCUGACACCCUGAUAAUCCCCACUCACAACCACUGUGUCCUCCUAGGUAUGUGGGGAAUACAGAGGAGACUGGGAUCGCUUGAGAUGCAGAUUGGUUUUGUGAAGACCUAUUUGAUGGUACCACUGGAAGCAGGCAGUGUCCCAGGCUAACCCAACUCCAAAAAAAAGGAAGAUAUUCACAGGGAUUUUAUAAAUCCCCGAAUUGUUCCCUGUCAUCCCUCAAUUCAGCCCCUUUGUCUCCUCCACCCUCAUGCCCUAUAAUGAAUAAUAAACAGAGCAAGUGGGAGGAGGGGGAAAUUCCCUUACUAUGUGCCAGGUGUGGUUCUGACAUCCCACAGUCCAUCAUCUCCAGCAAGGAUUCAGCCCCAUACUUUUGGAGAUCCCAGGACACCCAUAUCUUACAUAUCAGGGAGGCUAGGUUCCUACCAAAGGGGCUUAAAGCAGUAGGCAAGAGAAACUGUUGAUGGUGCGGAGGACUGCAGAGGAAUCCUAACGCAAUUAUUUGGAGCUACAGAUGGAAUAAAAGGAAAGAUAUUGAUUAAACGUGUCUUCAUUUAAUACUUA